UAAUUCCACGAAGAAGAAGAGUUUACUGUUCUUCACAAAGCUAUUGGAAGAUGGCGGAGCACUUAGCGUCGAUUUUCGGAACGGAGAAGGAUCGUGCGAAUUGUCAUUUCUACUUCAAAAUCGGCGCUUGUCGUCACGGAGAUCGAUGCUCGCGUCUACACACCAAACCAAGUAUAAGCCCUACGCUUCUCCUUUCGAAUAUGUAUCAACGUCCCGAUAUGAUCACUCCUGGUGUCGAUGUCAAUGGAAACCGUAUCGAUCCUCGUAAGAUGCAAGCACACUUCGAGGAUUUUUAUGAGGAUCUUUUUGAGGAGCUGAAUAAGUAUGGUGAGAUUGAGAGUUUAAAUGUCUGUGACAAUCUCUCUGACCACAUGGUUGGUAAUGUGUAUGUGCAGUUUCGAGAAGAAGAGCAAGCAGGAAAUGCGCUUCACAAUCUUCAAGGAAGAUUCUAUGCAGGUCGUCCAAUCAUUGUUGAUUUCUCCCCUGUCACCGACUUUCGUGAAGCUACUUGUCGACAGUAUGAGGAAGAGACUUGCAAACGGGGUGGAUACUGCAACUUUAUGCACCUAAAAAGCAUUAGCAGUGGAUUGAGGAGGCAGUUAUAUGGAAGAUACAAAAACAGGCAUAUCCAUAGCAGAAGCAGGAGUCCUUAUAGGCAUCGUAGUCACGACGAUCGCUCUCAUGAAAGGCAUAGCCGUAGUAGAAGGUAUGAUGAUGAUGAUGAUGAUGGUGAGAGCCGUAGCAGGAGCAGGAGAUACAGAAGCAGAAGUCCUAGUGGAAGGAGACAGAAAAGUCCUGUUAGGGAUGGGAGUGAGGAAAGACGUGCUAAGAUUGAGCAAUGGAACAGGGAGAAAGAAGAGCAGGAAAAUGCAAAUAACAGGUAGAUUCAGUUAGGUUAUCAACAAACGUAGCUCACAGCCCAUUUUCCGCUGUGCAGGUUUGUGCAGGGUCAGAAACUCUGUGAUUAAAAUUAAUUAGUUUGCUUAGUUUACAUUGAUUGGUUAGUGCUGACAACUUUUCUUGUGCAAAUCAAGCAUGUGGUUAGUCAUAGUAGUCCUUGCAUGUGCUAUCUUACUUGCUUGCAAUGAUGUGAACCACCCUGAACUUCUGUUUUGCAUUUGUGAAACCAUUCUCAGUUUUCCAAACUGUUUUCAUCAACUCAACCAUCUUAAAGCUGCAAGUUUUUUAAACGCUCAUUUCUGUAAUUGCAAAGAAAGCAUUUUUCUGAGUUAACCAGUUUUCUCCCUGUGUUUUCUAGGGUUGGUUCAUACUUCACUUAUGUUUGCUCUAUGUGUGUACGAUGGUUCAUAAUUCACUUAUGUUUACACAAAUCUCCCCUGGUUCAUACUUCAUAGAACUUAUCAUUGUGUGUUCAUGCUUAUAUUGGGAAUGAAUUUGAUGUAGUACGUGUAGAACUUUGUUUGUAACUCAUAGUCAUAGUGUCAUCGAAUUUAUCAUUGUGUGUGUGUGUUUGCUUUGUUCUGGUGUGAGUUCGAUGUGCAUGUAGAACUUUGUUUGUUACAGUCAGGGAAAAUAUGACAAGUGCAAGUUGGGAAUAAAGCGAAUGCAACCAUAACUCUCUGUACCAUAACGUUCUGGUCAUCUAAUUUUCAACUCUUAUAGCUUUUCCAAUCUCUCUGGCUUUGUUAUUGCAUGCUUACGGUUUUUGAGAGUUUUGCAGGUUCAGGUUUGGCUUGUAGGGAUGAUAGGUGCGAAAAGGUUUGUUAACGAUCUGUGGAAUUUGUUUUUCAGGUUGAAUUGGUGGCUUGAAGAUUUUUGUGUUUAAAAAGAUAUGCAGAUGCAAGGACUGUUGGAUUCAGAUUUGUUUCAGACAGGUUUGAUGGUCGCUUGAAGAUUUAUUUUUCGUUUUUUUUUUUGGGGUUUUGAGUUUUCAGACUUGUUCUUGGCUUUGUAUGGAUAAUUUUUUCUACUUUUAAAAUAUUAUUGUGUGCUUUGUCCUGAUGGAUCUCGGCUCAUUUAAACUCUAAAGUGACAAUGGAAAAUUAGAUGCUUCCCGCG